AUGAACGUCAACCGGAAGUUUGAUCGCUUCAAGCAAUGGGCGGGCGAGCGAAUGGGCGGGGAGGUCAAAACCAAUCUCUCCGAUGACUUCAAGGCUAUGGAGAUGGAGAUGAAUGUGCGCCACGACGGCGUCGAUCGAAUCCACAAGUCCACCACCGCCUACAUCAAGGCCGUUUCCAAGCGCAGCGAGGGCGACGACAAAGAGAAGACCCUGCCCAUCGCCCACCUGGGGACCAGUAUGGUCGGCCACGGUGAAGAUUUCGAUGCAAAUUCCGAAUAUGGCCGUUCCCUGAUCAUGCUUGGACGAGCGGAAGAACGCCUCGCGCGUGUUCAGGAGUCCUACAUCUCCCAGGCGACCUCGGGCUGGCUUGAGUCCCUGGAGCGGUCCUCGACGCAGAUGAAAGACUACCAGACUGCCCGUAAGAAGUUGGAUAGCCGGCGACUGGCGUACGACACCUCCCUCUCGAAAAUGCAGAAGGUGAAGAAGGAGGAUUUCAGAAUGGAGGAAGAACUUCGGACGCAGAAGGUCAAGUACGAAGAGGCCAACGAUGACGUUCUCCGACGGAUGCAGGAUAUCAAAGAUUCGGAAGCCGAGGGUGUUACGGAUUUGGAGGCAUUCUUGGACGUCCAAUUGGACUAUCACGAGAGGUGCCGAGAAGUGCUUCUCCAACUCAAGAAUGAAUGGCCUGGAAGAUCCCCCCAGGCUCCCACGCCGAAUGGCCGUCGCAUCGGACGGGCUCGUUCCAACACUGCGCACUCGUUCCAGGACCGGUACGAACCGCUCCAGGAGGAGCAUACCAAUGGUGCGGAUCAGCGACCCAUCAUACGUUCGAGCCGAUCCCCCUCGUCUCAUUUUGUGGAGUCGAGAGAGCCAUACGUGACCGAGACCCCGCCCCCGCCGCCUCAGCGGCCCGUUCUGAACCGUAUCUCGACCUUUGAAGGGCCUUCGCAACUGCGGCAGGAGCCUGCAUCUGGCCCGCACCAAUGGCAGACGCGAACGGCCAGUGAGAAUGUGAUCAGUCGCCGGAACAGCAUCCAGGCUCGACCUCCCAGCCGAGUGCCCACCGAUCCUUAUAUCGACUCGUCGGGCGAGUUCCACUCCCACAGUGGCACGAGCCCCGAGAGGCCCUACUACGGACGAUCCGAAUCGCCGGCCUCGUCUUAUGGCGGUGUGGUUUCUCGACGAGCCAGCUCGACGGCCCUGAACAGCGCUGGCGGCCCCAAGAAAGGCCCGCCGCCGCCUCCUCCUUCCCGCGCUAAGAAGCCGGCCCCUCCUCCGCCUCCCAUGAAGAAACCCAUGUUGAGUGCUGGCGAGAUGUAG